AUGAAGAGCGUGUCAUUCUCGUUCCUCUACUCGGACGUGGGGCCGACCUUCUACGGCCGUCUGGGUUGGACGCCCAAGCGCUCCGAGGAAAUAGUCAUCCCCACAGGACACAGCAUCCAGGGUUCAGGUUCGGCUGCGAUGACUGCGGAAAAGGUGACAGACUCUAAUUUGUCGGAGCUCAUUGCGGUGGAUGCCGAGCAGGUGCGCACUCAGCUGAAGGCGCAGAUCGAGACUGCUUCCCCUUCCAAGGUGUUUGUUGUCGUCACUCCAGAGCCGACCUGUGUCCUCUGGUUCCAUGCUCGCGCUCGAUUUGCAGCUCAACAUAUCCUCAAGCUGGAGCAGCACCAGAUCACGGAGUGGGGCGCCAAGCAUGGAAAGAGCUUUGUGCUUUGGUUCCACGACCUGUACAAGGGGCAGUUGUUCAUUAUCCGCUGGCACUUGGACCCUAGUGACGGGGAUGAGACCGCUCGUGCACUGAUCGAGUCUGCGCAAACGGAGGCUCGGAAGUGGAAUCUUUCGAAGGUUGUAAUCUGGAACCCUGAUCAGUCCCUGGCAGAUCUGUUGCGACUGGAGAUCAAGUAUCGAGAUAGUUCCAUCCCCAGUCUGGGGCUCGUCAACUCUACUGCUGAAACCGACAAUGUCGAGUGGGUCCACAACGAGAAAUAUUCCUGGUGCUGA